UGAAACACGAGACUGAUAGAAACCAGCAUGCUGGAAGUCCUCGAUUCUGGAAACUGCAUUCCUGAAUUCGUGAUUCCUAAAUUUAGAAUCCGUGUUUGGAAAGUCGGCACGGAUGCUUUUGUAGAGCUAGCGCUCUUAGCGUCUUGUCCUCUUAGUCUCAAUUUUUAGUUCUCCGCUUUCCACGUUGGCCCCUAAAUUGCAGCACCUGUCUCGAAACUUUCUUUCGCUCCUAACGAGCUGACACGGCACGCCCGACAGCCAUGUCAACCAUUGCCGGCGGUGCUGACGUAGCAAGCCUGACAUUCCGCGAUAUCACAAUCUCCCUCCUCCGCUGCUUCUGGGCGAUCAUCGCUCUCCCGGUUCUCCUCGCCCUCGUCCCUCUCCCCGCGCUGGCUCCCCUCCGCCAUCUCAUGCGGAUUCUAGCCGGCCGGGGAAUCACUCAAAGCGGUUCUAGUAAAGCCGUGAAAUCUCCUGCGUCUUCAAAAUCCAUCUCUCUACGCAACGCCUCAGUGCCGCAUCGCUGGUUCUCCCACUUCUACAUGGUCGGAUUCGUCUUCAACCUCCUGCUCCUCGCCCUCCCCCUCACUGCUCCCUCCCCACUGACCGCAUUCCUCAACACUGAAAGUUACAGCUCCAGUGCCAGAAACAGUGGCGGUGACAGCAGCAGCAGCAGCAGCAGCAGCAGCAGCAGCAGCAGCAGCAGCAGCAGCAGCACUACCAGCAGCAGCACCGUUUCAAGCACACCUACCACCAACCCUGGCACAGCUACCGCCACAGGCACCAGCAGCGCUCAGCCCUUGGAGCUUCUGCUGCAGCAAGCACCUCUCCAGUCGCUCCUCUUCCAGCUGCACCUCGCCAGACGGCUCUGGGAGUCCACUGCUCUUGCCGCCUCCUCAACCUCCUCCCGUAUGCACGUCUCAGCUUACCUGCUAGGCCUCUGCUACUACCUCGCUGCUCCCCUCUCCUUCUUCCUUGUCGGUCGCCCUGCCACGCCCUCGCAUCCAUCUUCUCCAUCUGCUACUGACGUCAUCGGCAUAGCAUGCAUGGUUGCUGGUGCAGCAGUGUUCGCAUGGGGCAAUCUUCACCAGUACCGCUGCCAUGUAAUCCUGGCCAGCUUGAGAAAAGGAGGUAAAAAAGGCUACUUCAUUCCACAAGGGGAUUGGUUCGCUUAUGUCUCGUGCCCACACUACUUAGCAGAAAUUGUGGUUUACUUCGGCUUGCUCCUAUCACUCGGACCUCAAAUGCUUGAUUGCACCCUCCUGCUCAUGUUUGCCUGGGUGGUUUCCAACCUCGCACUAUCAGCUCUAGAAACACAUGAGCGCUACCUGAUGAAAUUUCCUGACUAUCCCAGACACAGAUUGGCUAUACUGCCAUAUGUACUGUAGCAGUCUGCAAGCAUGCAUGCAUGCUUGCUGUGCGAUUUGCUGUCAAGUAUUUUUAGUUGUGAUCAUACCAGUGGCUUGCCCUACUGUGGGAGGCAGGGGGCUUCUAACUGAACCUUCGCCUUAUUGCCACAUGAUG